CUGCACUGUAUGUGAUGGUUUAAUGAACGCGCGGCGAGCAUGGCGUCAGUGCUUCAAACACACAGUCGGUCGUCUGGGCUCAAGACCCGCGCCAACUCCUCUGCUAUUUAUCGUGUUUUAUUACCCGACUUAUCAGCCUACAAAAUUCCCCACGAAUACUGGCCCAGAAACGCGCUUAAUGGAAAAGACAAAAGACACCGUUGCUAAAAGCUACACCAUGCCAUAAUACUGAAAUCACCCAUAAGGCUACACAUAUGCACUUUUCGCUGUGGUACUCACAUGAAGGUAGUUUCAAUAAUAGAUAGCUUUUAUACAAGUUGCAUUUUGGUUGAGCUACAAAGCAGUACCACAGUGCACAAUACCACCAGUUUGACUUAAUUAACCGCACCUGAGUUUCUCGUCGUGUUUAGUCAAAAUGGAAAACUUUUGCCGCAAGUACUUGAGCCUUGGGUCACUGAAAGAGGCCAUCCCAGAAGACUCGGAGGACUUACUGGCAUCAAUGGGCUCUUGCCAGCUCCUCGCAUCUUUGGUCCUGUCUGUAUGCUGUCAUGUAUUCUCCACAACAGCAUGGUCAGUGAAUAACUUCCUGAUGACAGGACCCAAGGCAUAUCUUAUGUACGCAAGUAGCGUGCAAGCAGGGGCACAGCGCGGCAUUGAGGAGUGUAAAUACCAGUUUGCAUGGGACAGGUGGAACUGUCCGGAGAGCGAAUUACAGCUGUCAACACAUAAAGGAUUGCGAAGGGCAACCAAAGAAACGGCUUUUGUACAUGCCAUAAGUGCAGCUGGAGUUAUGUAUACACUGACCAAGAACUGCAGCAUGGGAGACUUCGAUAACUGUGGCUGUGAUGACUCAAAAGCUGGAAAAAUUGGAGGUCGAGGUUGGAUUUGGGGUGGAUGCAGUGAUAAUGCUGACUUCGGGGAGAACAUUUCUAAGCAGUUUGUAGAUGCGCUGGAAAACGGGCACGAUUCACGCGCUGCCGUAAACCGUCACAACAACGAGGCUGGCAGACUUGCUAUCAGAGCGACCAUGAAGAGAUCAUGCAAGUGUCACGGCGUGUCCGGAAGCUGCAGCGUUCAAACGUGCUGGAUGCAACUUUCUGACUUCAGGGAGGUUGGAAACUACCUGAAAAUCAAAUACGACCAGGCACAGAAGCUUGAGCUGGACCAGCGACGCAUGCGCGCUGGGAACAGCGCUGAGAAUCGCGGCGCGAUCGCAGACACUUUCAGCAGCAUCGCGCGCACCGAGCUCAUUCACCUGGAGGACUCCCCAAAUUACUGUGUGAAAAAUCUGAGCCUCGGACUGCACGGAACUGAAGGCAGGGAGUGUUUACAGGGUGGCAGUAAUCUGUCGCAGUUUGAAAAGCGAAGCUGCAGAAGGCUGUGCCACGAGUGUGGCUUAAAAGUAGAGGAAAAGAGGAUAGAGAUCGUGAGUAGCUGUAACUGCAAAUUCCACUGGUGCUGUACGGUGAAGUGUGAGAAGUGCACACAAUUCGUAACAAAACACAUUUGUGCAAAAAGAAAUAAGGGCAGUCGGUCACAUAACAGUUCACGAAAGAGGCAGCGUGUGCGUAGUUAAUCCCCCCCGCCCUCUAAAAAAAUCUAAAGUGUGUAUUUGUACAUAUUGACGAUUAUUUUAAAGCAGACAUCAAGAAAAUGAAAUUCCUAACUCUGACAAAACUUCCUUUGCUUGGUUGUUUAAUUUCCAGUACUUAUGUUCUAUAUGUGCACUUUUUGUUCUUAAUAUCAGAUCACGCAUUUGGUUGCUAAACGUUAAAUAAUUGUUCUUUAUUUUGAACACAAACUUCUUAAUUUCCUGACAAUGUUUACUGCACAAGGGGUUAAAGUUUUCGUCUCUUUUUUAUCUUUAAGUGUAUAUGAUAUUUUAAACUCAGAAAGCAUUAAAUAUUUUGGACAUAAUA